AUGGCACUGCCGACAUCCUGCGAUGUUCUUGUUGCUGGAAGCGGCAAUGCUGGCUUCUCUGCUGCGGUUGCUGCGAAACAAGCUGGGGCCCAGCGUGUUGUCCUCAUCGACAAGUGCCCCGAGGAAUGGGCCGGAGGGAAUACUUAUUUCACGGCUGGCGCUUUCAGGACGGCGCACAAUGGUACCUCAGAUCUGCUUCCAAUUGUGAACAAUGUGGACGAGACUACCGCAGGGUUGAUUGACAUGGAACCAUAUACGGUCCAGGAUUUCUCGGCUGAUAUGGCCCGAGUUUGUGGCGGGAGAUCUGAUCCCGAACUCUGCAAAAUUCUCCUCCAAGACUCGAACGCAGCUAUAAAGUGGCUCGCAAGCAAUGGAAUCAGAUUCCAACUCUCAUUCAACCGUCAAGCCUACAAAGUCGAUGGUCGCCUGAAGUUCUGGGGAGGAUUGGCGCUCAAGACAGAGGAUGGAGGAAAAGGACUCGUCCAAGACCAUAGGGCCGCCGCUCGUCAACAUGGCGUAUCAGUAUUCUACUCGACCUCCCUGACACGACUUGUCACUGAUCCUCAUACGGGGGCUGUUACAUCGGUAGCCGUUAACCAAUGUGGAGAGGAAAUACUCAUUCGGACUGGCGCCGUUAUUCUGGCUGCUGGAGGGUUUGAAAGCAAUUCACGCAUGCGGUCACAAUACCUUGGUCCAGGGUGGGACCUCGCGAAAGUGAGGGGGACACCGUUCAAUACUGGUGAUUGUCUCGAGCUCGCCAUCCGUGAUGUUUCGGCCAAGCAAGCUGGCAACUGGUCUGGUUGUCACUCCGUUGCCUGGGAUGCAAAUGCACCUGCUCAUGCAGGAGACCGGGAAGCGUCAAAUGAGUUUACUAAGUCUGGGUACCCUCUAGGGCUAAUGCUGAAUACUGCUGGAGAGCGAUUCGUGGAUGAAGGCAUCGAUCUCCGUAACUUCACCUAUGCCAAAUUCGGUCGUGCAAUUCUAGCACAGCCCGGGCUCAAUGCCUUCCAGAUUUGGGAUUCAAGGAUGAUCCCAUGGCUACGCGACGAGGAGUAUCGGGAAGAAAGGGUGAACCGAAUCAUGGCAAAUUCAAUCUCUGACCUUGCAGAUAAGCUUGUCUCGAUUGGCUUAGAAGAUCGCGAGAAGUUUAUUAGCACGGUGGAAAGCUAUAAUGAUGCUGUAUAUGCGUCUCAAAAAGAAAAGCCCGGGAUAGAAUGGAACCCUGCCAUUAGAGAUGGCCUCUCAACACAAUCCAACGCCAAAAAGCUGCCGCUUGCCAAGUCAAAUUGGGCUUUACCUUUAGAUCAAGCACCCUUCUUGGCAGUCCAUGUGACAUGCGGGGUUACAUUUACCUUUGGUGGUAUUGCAGUUAUCCCUGAGACGGCACAGGUCAUUAGCUCGACGACACAAAGGGGAAUUCCAGGGCUAUACUGCGUAGGCGAGAUGCUGGGUGGCCUCUUCUUUGAAAACUACCCCGGUGGAAGUGGUUUGACGUCUGGUGCAGUCUUCGGACGAAGAGCAGGUACUGCAGCCGCAAAGAUGGCUGCUUUGAGCACAAGAAGCUCUGAUGAGCAUCAAGUCUUUCAAGCGCUGGCUAAGCUUUAG